GGGCUCGCUCGGCGGGGGCGAUGGGCAGGGGUCCUGGGGUGGCGGCCGCGCUGUUCUACGGGGCGGUGGCGGCGCUGGUGCUGCUGGGGGUGCGGGACGUGCUGUUCCUGUACGAGGAGAACCGGUGCAGCAUGACCUACAUGUACGAGUACCCCGAGUACCUGAAAAUAAAACUACCUAAGAAAAUAUCCAGACGUUUUCCAGCCUAUGAGCUCUAUCUCUAUGGGGAAGGGAAUUAUGCUGAAGAAAACAAAAAUCUGAUAUUGACAGGGAUUCCAGUUCUCUUCCUUCCUGGGAAUGCUGGGAGUUACAAACAAGUACGUUCUCUUGGCUCUAUAGCACUUAGAAAAGCAGAAGACAUUGACUUCAAGUACCAUUUCAAUUUCUUCACUGUCAAUUUUAAUGAGGAGCUGGUUGCACUAUAUGGUGGUAGUCUGCAAAGACAAACCAGAUUUGUGCAUGAGUGCAUUAAAGUAAUUCUUAAGCUGUACAAGGAUCAAGAAUUUGCUCCAACCAGUGUUGCAAUAGUAGGUCAUUCCAUGGGUGGUCUUGUUGCAAGAGCAUUGCUCACUCUAAAGAAUUUUAAGCCUGAAUUUAUAAACCUCCUCAUUACACAAGCCACACCUCAUGUUGCACCUGUAAUGCCUUUAGACAAAUAUCUUACUGAUUUUUAUACAGCUGUAAACAAUCAUUGGAUUUUAAAGGCCCAAGAUGUAAGAAAUCUAACUACUCUUUCUGUGGCGGGAGGAUUCAGAGAUUACCAAGUUCGUUCAGGACUCGCUUUUCUACCCAGAUUAAGUCAACAUAGCCGUGCCUUAUUUGUUGUGAGCUCAGCAGUGCCUAGAACUUGGGCCUCAACAGACCACCUCUCCAUAGUAUGGUGUAAAGAAUUGAUCUUGGCUACCAUUAGGGCAUUUUUUGAUCUUAUUGAUGAAACCACCAAACAGAUAACUGAGGAUCCAAAGAAGAGAAUGUUAGUAUUGAAUCAUCACUUUGUGAGGCACCCAGCAAAGUUCUUUGAGGAAGAUCCUGAACCACUUACUGAACUUAAAGGAACUUUGAUUUGGAUGAAAAUCAAAUCCUCAAAAUGGACUUAUACAGUUUACAAUGAAUCUGAUGGAAAAUAUUUCCUGUUUCCUCUUUCAAACCACAGAAAAACCUACAGUCAUGUCCACUGUCAAAACAGUAUGUUGGAUACAAGUAGCUGGAUUUAUGGCUGUUUAAACAGUAGUUCAUCUAUGUGCCUGGAAGGUUUUGAUUUAUCUUGGAAAGCUGAGUUACUGCCAACUGUUAAGGUUGUAACUCUGAAACUCCAGGAAUAUCCAUCUUUGUCGAAUCUUGUAGUUUAUGUACCAGCUAUUAAUGGCAAUAAGUUUACUUUGGACUGUGAAUUCUUUAAAGAGGAUUCCCGAACAGUACAACUUCCUGUAACACACCUUUUUUCUUUUGGGCUUUCUUCAAGCAAAAUUGUAUUAAAUUCAACUGGUCUAAUUUACAAUGUACAGCUCCAACACUUUGGCCAGAUAUACCAAGCUUUUAAAAUCUACAUUGAGAGCCACUGCCAACCACACAAAGGAAGAAAAAUGAAUGUUUACAGACUCCACGUACCAUGGUCACAUGAAGACUCAAUAACUGUCUCUAAAGUUCCAUCUUUUACUGAGAUUUCUGCAAAACUGCAUAUUGCACAACCUGAAAAUGACAGCACUGUUGCAGUAUUAAAUAUUUAUUCAUCGUCAGAUUGUCAAUAUGAAGUAACCAUCAAGACCUCAUUCUCACAAGUUCUUGGGCAAGUAAUAAGGUUUCAUGGUGGUUCCCUUCCUGUGUAUGUUAUUUCUAAUAUGCUUCUUGCAUAUGGAGGACAAUUAAGCGCCUUAAUUUCAACAGGCCACUGUUCGGAUUUUGUUCCUGCACUGGCUAGAGCAGCCAGACCCUACAAAGUGGACCCUUUUGUGAAUGUUGUUAAAUUUCUGUUGGGGUUUAACUGGUUUAAAGAUAUAUGGAAUGUAUUAUUUUUGCCAGAGUUGGAUGCUGUUUUACUGAAUAAGCAGGAUAUGUGGUUCCCCCUUGUGUCCCUGAUUCUAUUUCUUUUUGGGACAGGAAUUGCCUACUGGGGUGGCAUACUCUUCUCUUCAUCUCUAAGGCUCUUGUCUUCAUUGUGGUUAUCUUUGACAAGACCCUCUGGACUUCCUAAAGACAGCAAGUUGAUGACACCAAGAAGAGCAUUUAUGGCCAUUCUUCUGGUUUUUGUUAGUUGUACCACUUGUGGGGCAUUUGCUAUAUUAAUUAUCUAUCUACACUACAUGUUCAAGGUUAUCAAACUACAUUCGAAUGUAAGAAUAGAGCAAAAUGUUCUUAAUAUGGAUCCAAAGCACUCAAAAGAAACUUCAGAUAAUUCCAAUAAAGAGACAGUAAAGAACUGUGAUUCAACAGAGACCAUUACAGAAGCAGCAGCAGCAGCAUCACCCACCACCAAUACAGCUAUUGACAAUGUUGUAAACAGUCUUAAGAUACAUAUUACAAUCAUCAAUUUACUCACAUGGAUUGUGCUACUCAGUUUACCAUCUUUAAUUUAUUGGUUUAAAAAUCUCAGGUACAAUAUUAGACUUGAUCCUGAUCCAUGUAGAACUAUGGCUAUUAUUCUUGUAUCCACUUUGGGAAUUCUCAUGAAUUCAAGUGCUACUAAAGUAAAAUCAAGUAAACUGUUGAAAAUUGCAGCGCAACUUCCUCUGCCUUUGUCUGUAGCUGUGGUGGCCUUUGGACCAAUGCAUUUGUACAGAGCACCAUACUUCGUAAUCUGUUCUCUUCUUCUACAUGUGUUAUGUUGUAUUGUGUAAAUCUUUAGUUUCCCAAAUGAAAUCGGAAAAGCAGUGUGGCCCAGAAAUGGAUGCUGGAAAAAAAGUCAAAUUGAACAAAGAAAUAUCCAGAUCAAUGUAACUGCUAAUUAACAUCAUUUGGAGAAGAUGACAGAAUUGUGAACACUUCUUGUGAAGUUUGGGGUGUCUGGGAAAUCUCAGAAACCUGCUCGUGGUGUUAGUCUACUAAUUUGAAAAAUUGAUGGAAGAAUUGCAAUAUUUCUCUGGACACAAAAAUCUGUCGUCUUAUUAGCAUAAUACUUCAGUGUUCUAGAUUUCAGUAGGCAGACCAUUCUGUAUCCACAAUGCAGACAUUUUGAUAUUUCUGUUGACACUUGGUUUUCUGUUGAAACACAUUUACCUUCCUGUGUGUAUGUAUUGAACCUACAUCUUGUUCUUGAGUUUUAAAAUGUGAUGGUUAAAAUUCACAAAUGAUUGAAAGUGCACUGUAUCACAAAAACUAAAUAGCCAAGAAUACUUUUAAUCAUUUUAUGCCACACUAACAAGCUGUCACAAUUUUUCUUUUUUUCUUGUAUCUAUACAAACUAGAAUGUAUUGUAUCUACUGAUCUGUUAAUUUCUAACAAGUCAAACAUUUUUAUCAGUGCCUGUGGCACAUUUGUGUGAUUAUUGAAAGUGUUGGUGGCUUAUAAACUUUAUCUUUUGUAAGAGUGAUAAAAUAUAUAUAUAUACUCUAUGUUGCUUUCUAUUCAGGAAGGAUAUCAUAGAUUCAUACACAAUUUCUGUAAUGUUGUUUUAAAACAUUGACAAAUUCUGAAAAAAACGUAUGCCAGAAUUUCAGUAAUAGUGGGAAAUACUGGUUAUACGAAUCAGCUCUCUAAAAUAGCAUCUUGCCUCAAUCCUGCAGUGACUGGCAUUAUUGGAAUACCUAAGACAGAUAUCUGUAAUGUAUGGGAAAUCUCUUCCUUGGCACUGUAUAAGUGUUUUAAAACAAAACAAACAAAAAUUGUGUCCAUCAAGAUAAAAUGAUCUAUAAUCCUUGUAAAUCUGAUUGGUUGAUUCUAAACAGAGAUGGACUGUCUACUCAUUUCUGUGUAUCUUAUCUAUCUCUAGUAUUUCUGAGGCACCUAUCACCUUAAUGUCAAAGCACUGAUCCUAUCUGAGAGCUCUUUUUUCCUGAUCUUCUCUUCUUAUGAGUAGUUUGAGGAAAUCCAGUACCUACAGUCAAGUUACAGCAUAUGCUCCAUGCAGCAGUAGAGCCUAAACCCAUUUGUUCUAUUGUAUUGCAUCAUUCUUGCCUGAAGUGCCUCAGUUAAUUCUGGCUUGUUUUUAAGAGUCAUUUAGUUGAGCUGGCUGGGAAGACUCUGUAAGUUUAUACAAUGACUUUCCAAACUGAAAGUGUGAGGUGACACGACAAACUGCAGCACCUUACUUUUGUCAGCUCACAAACGAGCCAGCAGUCCAAGCUAUCAGUGAACCCUUAAGACUGCUUUAAGUAUAAGAUAACGGUAGCUAACUGUGUCACCAUUACUGUUAUCAGUAAUGUAUAUGCUGGUUUUCUAAUCUUAACAUUUAUAUAAUGCUAGGCUAUUCAUAGUUUUUUGUAAAUCAGAAAAGGUCUUUGAACAAACUACACUCUGAAAUUUGAUUUCUACCUAAAUGUAUGCUACAGUAUGUAUGUAUGUAUGUAUAUGACACAAACACUCAUAGUAUGGUGUGUGUGUGUAUUUACAGCCAAAUUCUGCAGUCCUUUAUCCUAAAAUCUCAUAUUCAAAUAUAGAGUAGAGUAAUAAUAUUUCUAGUUUAGGAUGAUUGUGUAACGAGAGAGAGAGUAGCAGAGCCAUGUAGAGUCUUCUGUAAGCCAUUACAAUCAAGAGAGAGCUAUUUAUCCUAGGUUGGUCUUCCUUGCUGCAUAUUGUACUGUGCUUCUAGCAUCGGGUUUGAUUUUUGCUACCCUGACCACUGAGUAAUAACUUGUUCUGCAAAUAGACCCAUUUACACUAUUGCAGUGGUUAGAUAUCCUCAUUGUUAAAUAUUUACUUCCUGUUUGAACUUUGCUAAUUUAACUUUUUUAUGUCCUGGUUUGCUAAAUAAGACCUCCUCCCCCCAUUACUAUCAGAGGGGUGUGUGUAAAUUCUUGCAGACUAAGAUUAAAUUGCCUCUUAACAUUCUUUUGAAUAAAAAGAAUGAAAUUGAACUCAUUUACUCUCUUAUUAGAAAAUGAGUUUUCCAGGCCACAAAUCAUUCCUGUUGCUGUUCUUCAAAUCACCUCUAGUUUUUUAACACCCUUUUUAAAGUAUGGACACCAGAAUUGGCCACAGUAUUUCAGCGGUGGUCUCACCAGUGCCUUAUGCAAAGGUCAGAUCAUCUCCUUCCCUGUUUGUAAAACACUUCUGUGAAUGAGGAGAAUAAAACCUGUCUUUAGGCUUAUUUCUGUUGAUUAUGGCCUUCUGUGGGUACAUAUGAAAUUUUUAUUUUAUAAACUGCCAUCUACAUAGCAUAUAUUAAGACAUUAUGAAAACUAGAAUAAAAUGUUACCCUAUUUUAAGUAAACUAUUCAUUAAAUAGCAAAUAUAGAAAUGUAUUUUUACUGCUUUUAGGACCUAACAUACCAUCUGUCUGAAAAUGAGAACUGGUGGAAGUCAAACAUGGAAUAUUACUGUGUUUUUCUAAGACAAACAUCUGAGCUGUUACUAUCCCAAACCACUGUCAUAGGGUAUGGAUGGAACACCUUUCAUGCAAUUUAGGUAGAAAUUACAUCACUUUCUUGCAUUUAUUAGCAAUGUUGUUUUAGCCAUGUUGGUACCAGGGAUUAGAGAGACAAGGUUGGUGAGGCAUUAUCUUUUAUUGGACCAACUUCUGUUGGUGAGACAAGCUUUCAACACUCUGAAUACCUUUCCUAGAUCUGAAGAACAACUCUGUGUAGCUCGAAAGCUUGUCUCUUUCACAAACAGAAGUUGGUCCAGUAAAAAAAACAAUACCUUAUCUACCUCGUCUCUCUAGUUUACAUAGAGCAGUACCUUUUCUCAAAUGAGAUGAUGAUACUCUUAGGAUUCCCAUACAGCAGGCUCAGGCUGUGUGUGUUUUGCAGAUUUGUUAAAAUCUUUGGUCUAGAUUUUCAAAAGUGACCAAUGAUUUUUGGAUGACCAACAUGGAAUUCCUUUUAGGGACUUAAUUUUUCAGACUGUGCUGAGCACCGACCCUCUGCAAAUCAGGCCCCUUUAGAGGUAUGUACAUAUAUAUGUUUGUUUCUAUUAAUGCAGGUUUAAUUUUGCUUGCCUCUGUUGCUUUCUAAAAAAAAAAAAAGACACACUCUUUCAUAUGGUAUAAAGCAGCGUUUCCCAAACUUGGGAUGCCGCUUGUGCAGGGACAUACUGGCCGCUGCU